GACAAAGAAUCGUGUGAUAUUUAAGACUUAAGCAAAAUUUUUUGCUUAUUAAACAAGUUUUUAUAAGAUUUUUUUUAAAUUAAUUAAUCGGUCAAGAUAAAUCAUUCAAGCUAAGCCGUGUACAGUGUUAACAUUAGAAUUUAACAGAUUGUUUUAAUUAUUAUUAAAAAUGCCUGUUGCAUAUUUAACAAGACGUGAACAUUUUAGCGCUUGUCAUCGCCUACACAGUCCAUUCUUAGACGAUGAUACGAACAAAGAAGUUUACGGUAAAUGUAACAAUCCAAAUGGUCAUGGCCAUAAUUACGAUGUGUAUGUAACUGUGAGAGGUGAAAUUGAUCCAAGUACUGGAAUGGUAAUGAAUCUAACCGAUUUAAAAUAUGCAAUCAAUGUAGCUAUUAUGGAUCAAUUAGACCAUAAAAAUAUCGAUCGAGAUUGUCCAUAUUUUGAGAAUGUUGUAAGCACUACAGAAAAUGUUGCUAUUUACAUUUGGAAUGAAUUAAAGAAGGUUUUAGUUAAACCAGAAUUGUUAUACGAGGUCAAACUAUACGAAACAGAGAAUAAUAUAAUUGUUUAUCGUGGUGAAUAAAAUAAAUGGGGAGGGGAACGACGAAAAAAAAACCGAAGGAUGUUACAGAUCUAAUAUUUGUUUAUGUUUUUUUUAUAAAUUUUAUUAAAUAAAUAUUUUUUUA